AUGGCAGGUGUUAAUGCUGGCACCAGAAAUUUGAAAGGUAGAUGGAUAAACACACAAAUCGGCAGUCAAUCAACCAACUUGGACACUGUCAACCCAGGUUCAACCAACUAUCGUUAUAUUCCCGAGUCCCUGGAUGUUUCUUUUAGGUUUAUCUUUGGAAUUCCUCCCCUGAUUCUUGUUCUGUUGCCAGUAGCAUCGUCUGACUGUGAGAUUGAAGGUAAAGAAGGCAACGAAUAUAAAAACAUUCUAAUGGUCAGCAUCAAUGGAUUGGAUGAUAUGAUAGAAAUUGGUAGCAAUUGCCUGACAAAUGAAUCUAACUUUUUAAAAAAGCACUCAUGUGAUGAUAAUAAGGAAGCUAUGUUUCUCUAUCGGGCUGCUCGAAAGUUGAGGCAAUUUCUUAAAAUGAAUAUCAGCGAGGCUUUCAGUGUCCACUUGUCAAUUGUUUCAAAAGGCACAUUAGAACUUUUGAACUGCUCCAGCAAGGUAAAAGGAAGAAAAGUAUCUCCCUCGGGUGAAGCCCAGCCCACUAAGAAUUUGGAAGAGAAUACAUUGUUGAAGGAACAGAAAAGGCAGAAGGACUUGUGUUUUCUAAGGAUACUACUAGAAAAAAUAAAAACUUGUUGGAAUAAAAUUUUGAAAGGUGCUAAAGAGCCCUGAAAAAUAUGGAAUGGCAAUCUAGAAGUGUAUGAACUUCAAUUGAGUUGGUCAAAGAUUUGCUCAUGCAGUUUUGUGGGAGACAGAACACCUCCUAGAAGCUUCCGAAUGCCUCCUCAUUAAAAUGGACAACUGUUGAAAAUUUCCAUAUUGUCACACUAGAAGAUGGACAUUAACUGUGUAAGCCACAUGCUGCAACUCAUACUGUAUUUUUAUGUAAGUGGGAACAUAUCAAUCUCUGUUAAUCCUGAACUGAUUUUGUAUAAGACAGCCAUAUAAGGUACCAGUUGCAAUAAUACUUUAUCAAUGUGUUUAAACAUUUCAGUGGGAAGUAUCUAAUCUAGGCAGUACAAUACUUGUAGAGAUGGAUUCAAAAUUAACAUUGCUUAGUUAUCAACAUCAUGUUUCUUAUGGCUCACUCUGUGUUGGUGUCUUGCAAUUAGGGUGGAAAUUAGCAUCUUCUUUGCUGGAACUAUUUCAGGGUUUAAACAGUUAUUAGAACAUGCAAGCCAUACACCUUCCAGCUAUAACAGUAUAAAGGAGUCCAAGAUAUUUUCAAGAGAUAUCAGGAGAUGUACUUAAACAUGAAAGGAUAACACAGUGCCUUCAGUAAAUGAUAUAUCAACUGUAUUUAAAUGACAAUAAAGAUAAUUUCAUAAAACAGAAUGCUAUCUCUUGUAAGGAAGCUCAAUCAGGACUGAUGAGUUACUUUUGUCCUUUAUGUAUAACAAACUUGUCCAAAUGAGUUUGAUUUUUUUCUUUGAGUUUGCAAUUUUUUAGGUAUAUUUUAAGAGAAUAAUAUAUGUUGACGGUUUAUUCAUUACAAUAUGUAUAUUUAAU